AUGUCGGGCAAGUACGCAUUCACAAAGGCCCUCAAGGAGGUGCGCUUCCUCUUCUGCCAGACGGGCGAGCACAGCGCCGCGACCCGCUCCUUCGUCGCCAGAGCCUACCCCACGAUGAAGAAGAACAACCCCCAGACCCCCAUCCUCCUGCGCGAGGCCGCCGGCACGCUACCCAAGGUCUACGCGAGAUACGGUCAGGACGCACUCCCCCACCCUCCCCGACGGAGGAACCCGCGCGCGACGGAAUGGAUGAGGAAGAAAAUGCUGACUGAGAUAUCGUUGCAAACAGAGUUCGGUGUUGAGAAGAGCCAAUCGCUCGAGGGCCUGUCGGACAAGCAGAUCGAGGACACAGUCACCACCUUGGUCAAGAACGGCGCAUGA